AUGUCCGAAUCUCCUCCGCCGCCUUCUCCAACAUGGAGCAUCGCCAGCCUAGCCAACAGUGCAGUGCAAUUUCUUAGACUCCCCGUCCUAGCAUCAUCGGGACUGGCUGUUGUUGCUAGUGGCCUCUUAGGCGUUUCGAAGUGUUAUUUCGUGCCUAACAAGACCAGUGAAAUGAUCUACCCACGCAAUAUCCCCGUCGAUGCGCGCACCAAUGUGCCUAGCCCGCGCGAUUUUGGCGUCACUGACUUUGAAGACCUCCAAAUUCCCACCCCCGAUGGCGAAUCUCUCCAUGCCCUGUUCCUGCGGCAGCCUAAAGGCCGCGCGGCCCGAAAUCUCACCGUGAUGAUGUUCCAUGGAAACGCCGGUAACAUCGGUCACAGAGUUCCCAUCGGCAAGAUAAUUCAACAAACAUUGCAAUGCAACGUUCUGAUGGUGGAAUACCGAGGUUAUGGACGGUCCACGGGCACCCCCGACGAAGCUGGCCUGAGAAUUGAUGCGCAGACCGGACUCGAGUACUUGCGCCAGCGCCCGGAGACACGCGAUAACAAGUUUGUCAUUUAUGGACAAAGCCUAGGAGGCGCGGUUGCUAUCUACCUCACUGCGACCAAUCAAGAAGAAGGAGAUAUUGCGGGAUUAAUAUUGGAAAAUACGUUCUUGAGCAUUCGAAAACUUAUUCCCUCAAUUAUCCCACCUGCGCGAUAUAUUGCGCGGUUCUGUCACCAGAACUGGGGCAGUGAAGACAUGUUGCCUAAGAUCACUAAGAUCCCGAUCCUGUUCCUGAGUGGACUCAAGGAUGAGAUUGUCCCACCAUCCCACAUGGCCCAACUGUUCGACCUCUGCAAAGCAGAAACUAAGGUCUGGCGCACUCUGCCCAACGGUGCCCAUAACGACUCAGUGGCCGAGCCUGGCUACUUUGACCACAUUCACUCGUUUAUUAGCGAAAAGGUGAACACCGAUGCCAAGAGC